AGAACCGUAUGAUUGUAUCUUUAAAGCUUCAAACAAAUAUUUACUUGUUCUACCAAAUAUCAAUUGGAAUUCGUCCCAUACCACCUUUGAAAGAAGAAAAAACUCAGCUCCCCAAGUUACUCUCGCCACAUUCAUUUACCCGUCAUAACAAUGGUUGACAAAAUGAAAGUCUACGUCCACGGCAGCUACCGCAACGUCGAUGGACAAUAUCCUGUCGCCGUCUCCACUGCCGUCUUCACGCACGAGUCCGGCAGCCACAAGGCCUGGACGCGAAUCGUUCCAGCCCAGCCCACCCCUACCCGCCAGCGAGCAGAUCUCAUGGCUAUCGUGCUGGCGCUCGAAAAGGCAACAGUGGAUGAUGGUCGCCUCUACAACAAGCGUGCGGUGGAUCUGAACAUCUAUUCCGGAUCACUGUAUGCCGUCAAGAGCCUCACGGAUUGGGCCGACAGGUGGAUCUACAAUGGGUGGAUCGGAACAGAUGGACGCGAGGUUGACAACCAGGACUUGAUUAAACGGGCGUUGCAGGUGGAGGAGAUGUUGAUGGAUGGGGGGAGCGUGAGAUAUACGUGUAUCCCGAAGGAGGAGAAGACGGAGGCAAAUACCUAUGGUGAGCAUGCUCUGAACUUGUGGAUGGGAGGCUUUCCGAUUGGGUGGGAAUGGGAAUGGCCGAGGAACACCAGACAGGUGUAGGGAACCCACGGCAUGGUCUAUGCCUUGAUAAGGAUGGAUGGCAGUGUGUAACUGUUACUUGUGGAACUCUGGUGAAGGCGAUUUUCUCAUCUGUACUGGUUUUAGGGCUGAGAAGGCAAAGCUGAUAGACGAUAGGCGACGGUAGAGGACUUGGUGCAAUGGUAUGGAGUUGGGAG